AUGGCAACCGCUCACAAGACCACCAUGGUCACGGCCUCGCCCGAACAGUUCAUGAAAACCUCCGGCUCUACCGAUGCCGUCUGGAUCCACACCGAGCCUUACAGCAACCGCCCUCAUUACCCUCGCCUCAACCAAGAUCUGGAGACCGAUGUCUGUGUCAUCGGUAGCGGUAUUGCAGGUAUCUCAACUGCCUACGAACUAGUCAAGAAGGGCGUCCAGGUCGUCAUGAUCGAGGCCCGUGACAUCCUCUCUGGAGAGUCUGGACGUACCAGUGGUCACCUGUCAAGCGACAUUGACGAUGGCUACACUGAGGUCAAGUCCAAGCAUGGAGACAAGGGUGCUGUCAUGCAUUUCGAGAGUCACGACUGGGCAAUCAAGCGUGUCGGCGAGAUCUCGAAAGAGCUGGGCAUCGAGUGCGAGUACCGCAACCUCCCUGCCUACAACGUCUCACAAUACCCUCGCGGUGACAAGUACCACGAGGAGGACGUCAAGAUGCUGAAGGAAGAGAUUGCUUACUCCAAGACCCUCGGCAUGGACGCAGAAUGGAAGGAGGGCUACGCUGUCAAGGGCUGGAAUGGACAGGUUGAUCAGCGUGAUGCUGCUGUCUUCUACAACCAGGGAACUUUCCACCCGACCAAGUACCUUCUCGGCGUCUUGAAGUGGCUCUCGCAGCAACCCAACUUCAGCUGCUACACUCGCACCCGCAUGAUGGAGUGCCAGGAGAAGGGCAUCGAGAUUAUGGGCUUCGGAUCCAAGGAGGUCAAGGUUACCACCGAGGAGGAUAAGACCAUCAGCUGCAAGGAUGUCGUCAUGGCCACAUGUGUGCCUCUUCAGAAGCUGAGCGUGGUUGCCGAAAUGGAGUACCAUCGUACAUAUUGUAUCGCCGUUCGCAUCCCCAAGGGCUCGUACGAGGAUUCUCUCAUCUACGACACUGCCGAGGCCUACAAGUACAUCAGAUUCACCGAGUGCGACGAAAAGGACGACUACUUGGUCAUUGGAGGCUGUGAUCACAAGGUUGGCCAGCACGAAAACGAGAAGGAGAACUACGAGGAGCUUGAGAGAUGGACACGCGAACGCUUCACUCAGGUUGGCUCCACCGACUACAAGUGGAGUGGUCAGAUUUUCGAGCCCGUUGAUGCUGUCGCUUUCAUUGGUUUGGAUCCCGGCACCAAGCACACGUACAUCGUUACUGGUGACAGUGGAAAUGGAUUGACCCACGGUGUCAUGGCUGGUCGCAUCAUCGCAGACCAGAUCACUGGCCAGGAGAAUGCAUGGGCUUCCCUGUAUGACCCCUCGCGCAAGGCCAGCAUCGUCAAGUCGGCAAAGGAGAUGAUCACACACGACCUUCAAAUCAACAGCCAGUACAAACGUUUGGUGCAGUCGGACAUCAACGACAUCGAAGACUUGCUUCCCGGUACUGGCGGUGUGCUGAAUUCGAAGACCAGCAAGCCGAUCGCUGUGUACAAGACAGACAGUGGCGAAGUGCGCAAGAUGUCUGCUCUUUGUCCCCACAUGAAGGGAGUGGUCUGCUGGAACCACGCCGAAGGAAGUUGGGAUUGCCCCGUCCAUGCCUCUCGCUUUUCCUCGGAUGGUGUCUGUGUCAUGGGUCCGGCCAAGGGUAACUUGAACCCAGAGAACGAGGAGGCCAAGAAGGCUCUGCAGCAAGCAAUUCAGGGUUGA